CAUAUCCGUUACAAUCCCCUGAAGGGCGAAUGGGUCCUUGUAUCACCACAUCGCAUGAAACGACCCUGGAAAGGUCAAGUAGAGAAACCUACAGAGCAGAAUAUCCCGAGGCAUGACCCCAAGAACCCGCUGUGUCCUGGAGCAACCAGGGCUCAUGGGGAUGUUAAUCCAGACUAUCAGAGCACCUUUUUGUUUGAGAAUGACUUUCCUGCUCUUCUACAAGAAGGAGCCCCAACACCUGGUACAAAUGAGCAUCAUCUCUUGAAAUGUGCUCCUGCAGUUGGAACAUGUCAGGUGAUGUGUUUUCAUCCUUGGUCAGACAUCACUCUCCCUCUCAUGUCAUUGGACCAAAUCAGGACGGUGAUUGACAAGUGGGCGGAGCUUAUCACAGAUUUUGGUGCUAAAUACAAAUGGGUUCAGAUCUUUGAAAACAAAGGAGCUGUGAUGGGAUGCUCUAAUCCUCACCCUCAUUGUCAGAUGUGGGCGAGUAACUUCAUGCCCAAUGAGCCGAGGAUAAAGGACGUUUAUCAGAGGGAUUAUCUAAAGGAACAUGGGACACCACUUCUGCUGGACUAUGUCAAAUUAGAAGCAGAAAAGAAGGAGAGGAUAGUAGUUGAAAACCAGACAUGGAUAGCUGUCGUACCUUACUGGGCCACAUGGCCAUAUGAGACAAUGCUGUUACCACGGCGACAUGUCCUCCGACUGCCAGACCUGACUAAUGAGGAGAGGAAUGAUCUGGCGGACAUCACAAAGCGUCUGCUCAUCAAAUAUGACAAUCUCUUUGAGACCAAUUUCCCAUACUCCAUGGGCUGGCAUGGUGCUCCAACAGGGGAGGAUGUCAGUAAAGACAACAGCCAUUGGCAGCUCCAUGCUCUGUACUACCCCCCUCUUCUACGUUCAGCUACAGUCAAGAAGUUCAUGGUUGGAUAUGAGAUGUUGGCCCAAGCACAGAGAGAUCUCACAGCUGAACAGGCUGCUCAGAAGUUAAGGGCACUUCCCGAUGUCCAUUAUAAGUUAAAGGACCAAUCGGUCAACAACUCAGACCAAUGAUAGCCAUCCGAGGGACUUCUUGUGCAACUCUUCAUUAUCCACUUAAGCAUUUUUUCAAAGCAAUAUGGUAUUACUAACAAGUGCAAUACUUAUUGCAGAAAGAUUAUUGGCAUGGCUUGAAAGGGUUCUGUAGUGUUUGGUGACAUAGUGUUGAACUUAGGAAGUUGCGACCUUGCGACUAUGUCUGCCUAGGUCAGUGUGCUGUAUCUGCAUGGGUGUUGAUAUGUUGCUCAUCAAAUAGGACAUGCAGUGAUAAAAGAGACAGAUAAUUCAAUUGGAAGCUGAGUCAAACUAUCAGAAAAUAUUAAGGCUUCAAAUUGUAGUUGUCUG